ACUGUUACAUGAUAGUAUCUAGGCAAUUUUUAUUUAAAAUAACAUAUUUAUUGCUACUUAAAAUCCAAGCUAAUAUCUAAACAUGUCUUUUGAGAAGCCUGCAGUGGUUAUUGAUAAUGGAAGCUAUAGUAUUAAAGCGGGUUUUGCUUCUGACAACCAUCCAGUUUCAAUGUUUCGGACCGUAGUGGGUAGACCGAGCUACCUGAAGGGCAAAUACGGCCGAGAAGCGUACGAAGUUUUUAUUGGAGAUAAUGCAAUGGCUAACUUAGAAGACCUAGAAUUAAAUCAUCCUGUGCAGAAUGGCAGAAUAGUUAACUGGGAUAACAUUGAAAGGAUAUGGCACCACGUAUUUUAUAAAGAGCUCAAAGUGGCACCAGAAGACAGAGCUGUAAUCCUGACAUGUUCAGUCACGUCACCCAUCGCUGAAAAAAUCAAAUCUUGUGAAGUAUUUUUCGAAACUCUAAAUGCACCAGCACUUUGUGUACAAUCUGAAGCGGUGCUGUCAUUGUAUGGAGUUGGACAGACAACUGGUCUAUGUGUAGAUAUAGGACAUGAUACCACAACCGUCAGUCCUGUAUAUGAAGGAGGGCUAGUUCAGUAUGCUCGGAUGCAAACUAAUUACGCUGGUGCACAAGUAUCUAAUAUUCUGAAAGAAAUUUUACAAGAUAGAAAGUAUAAUUUUGAUAUAAAAUGUGAAACUAUUAUUGAUGAUAUAAAAAGAAUGCUAUAUGUUACACCAGAUUGCGCCAUGUCGAGAUGGAAUUACCAGAGAAUAUAUACUUUGCCAAGUGGUGAAAAUAUAGAUGUCAGCCAAGAAACAUUUAUGUGCGGUGAAAUGUUUUUUCAACCGAAUUUGUUUCAAGUUGACAAAACUAAAUACUUAUCACUCCAAGAAGCUAUAGUGACGUCAUGUUUAAAAUGUGAUGCUGAGUUAAGAUCAGAUUUGUAUGAUGUGAUUGUACCCUGUGGUGGGUUGGCAGUGGUUCCUGGAUUGUCAAAUAGAUUAGCAGACGAAUUGGAAAGUUUGGUAAAAAGACCAGUCAAUGUGAUUUGUUCUUCUGAAAGCUACGUUACAACUUGGUUAGGUGGAGCCACAUUUGCUGGACUCUCUGAUUCAAAGAAGAUGUGGAUUAAUAAGCAACAAUAUGACGAUUACGGUGCAAAAAUUGUAAUAAACAAAUUCGUGUAAAAUCUUACACAAUAUAUAGUGUUGUUUAAAAUAUAAUAUUUUUAAACGCAAUAAUUUUAUUAAAAUAUCUAAAUUUAUUCAUUGAAAUGAUUAAGGUAAUAUUAUUUACUUCAUUCCCAAACUAUACUAUAAAUAAAUGUUGCGCUCGUGAAUUUAUUUAAAGUAAUUGGUUAUAUUAGGCCGACGGAAGGUAUGUUAAUAGUUCAAGAGUCAACAGUAUUAUGAUUACCAUCAAAUGGAUCUUAACCUCCUUGCAUUUUGUAUCAUAAAAUUGCCCAUUAUUGUCAAUUAAAAGAUAUACUUAGUAAA